UGGACCCCAGGACACACCCCGCUCUCACUACAACUACCAGAAUUCAAUGCGUACAUUAACAAGAGGCUCAAGACUGUUUGUGUUCCACGACUGAAGAAAGUGAUUCGGAUGUAUUGUUUGUUAUUCUGGCGUGUAGAAGCCCAACAAGAAAAAUGGAAGCAAAUGGUUUUGGAAGAUUGAUUGCCAGCAGUCUUUGCACCUGAUGGUGAUACCAUCAUGCUCAUAUCUGUUCACUUCACCUUCCUGUAGAUUGUUGCCAUGGAGCACUGCGACGGAAAUGAGCCAGCAAGUGAUACAAAGCAUUUGUCUGCUGGCUGUGAGCAGACGGCCAUGGGUGACCAGGAUUCACAGACUGAGGUGAAGCCUCCAUCUGACAUUUCUGAUGCUGUACCCCUUGAGCAUCAGCCAUCAGGGAAACUGAGGAGGACUGCCUUAAGAUUCUUUGGAGGACGCAAAAGCAUCUGUGUUUUACCAAACUUCUUUGGGGGAAGGAACAAAAAUCUGAACAAGUGGUCCUCUAAGAAGGGAGUCAGCAAGAGUAAAACUCAUGAUGGACUUAGCAAGGCAGACUGGGAGGACAGUCUGGGAAUUGGAAAUGUCCCAGCAGGAUAUUUUGAGUACCACAGCCAGAAAGAUACUGCUGGAAAGGCUUGUAGGGAAUUUGGUCACCCUACUGGUGAUCAGAAGUCAUUCUCUCUCCCCCGGCAGAAAAAGGGUUUGAGAGAACUUUUUAACAGCAUCAGGCGUUGUAGGAAGAAUAGAAAUUUUGAUUUUGAAAAAAAUGAAAUAGUUUCGAAUUCUCAUGUCUGCAACAAAGAGGUGCCUAUUGCCCAGACUAUCAUUGACCAAAAUGACACGGAGUGCCUGGGCAGUUUGUCUGAAUCCAAUGUGCCUGUUUCGGCAAACGUUGACAAUUGUUUGACAAUUGCUCCUGAAUGUAUUAAUGUUGAUGUCAUAGUGUCUGUAAAAGACCUGGUGAAACAAGGGAGUCUGGAUUCUCUGAUAGGGGAACUGAAGAAAGGUGAGGAUAUGGUAGAGACACUCCAUAUAAACACAGAACCAGAUUCUUUCCCGAAGACUAACCUAGAGUCUACUGUGAACGUUCAGCUGCCUACUGGCUCAUCUCAGAUGAGCUUGAUGUUUGGUGAUGUGGCCUCUCUAAAGAGUUUUGACUCGCUCACUGGCUGUGGUGACAUAAUAGCUGAUCAAGAUGACGGCAGUAUUGCAGAUUCUCAGGGCACAGUCUCAAGGGAAAGGAGUCGAAAUGCAGGCAAAAGGAGUUCCUGUUAUGUUACGUACCAGGGUGGAGGAGAAGAAAUGGCCACCCCUGUUAAGGUGGACGGAGAUUAUCUCCACGACCUCUGGGAAAAUGAGGUUGCAGAGGACGCUUGCUAUACCCACAGCCAGGAAGAAGACUUUCUAGAGCACAGUGAAAGUCCUAGGAUGACACCUGAAGAGCCAUCUAGCUCCUAUACCAUGGACAUCAGCAGCAACAGCAAUGGUGCUCUUGGAGUUACAGAGACCACCCUUACAUCUUCGGAUGUCAUGACCCCACAGAGCGAAAAUCAAGUGUCAGUUCCUAACAGCGAUGAGGGUUACUAUGACUCUACCACCCCAGGACAAGAUGAAGACGGACGUGACAAAGUUGACAGGAUCAGGACCGAUAGACUACCAAGGGACAGUUAUAGUGGCGAUGCACUGUAUGAGCUUUUUGAGCCUGAUGACAGUCUUAUCAGUCCACCUUUUGAAAAAGCUAAGCUGCCCGUCUCUGAUCCACUUGAGUUUUUAGACAUGUCAGCUCAGUGUGGUGAUGAAGAUGUAAAUGCUGUGUUCGCUCCUGAAACGGGUCUAAUUGAAGAGGACAGGCUAACUGGGAAUAGGGAGAAAAUGCUUGGCAACCCUAAGUUGUCAGAUGCAGUUUUUGGCACCUUUACCUCAACAUGUCAAUCACAAGAAAUUGACUCUGCGCAAAACAAGCCACAGUCCCCACUGUUAAAAGGAAAUCAUGAUCUAUCUAAAGAAACAAAGAAUGACUUGGAGGAUGGCCAGACAGUUUGCUUCUCCCAAGCCCUAGUGGACUUCACAAAACAAUCACAUGUUUAUAGAAAUUUAACUGAAAGCAUGGGAGGCUCUGAGUCAAACUCUCCCUUUGCCCAAAACAUGCAAGCCCUCCCAGCCAUUGUCACGUUUGAUGUCGUGGACAUGGAUAACGAGGGGGAAUAUGACCAGCAGAUGGAUAUGGUAAUGGAGGAGGAAUACAUCACGUCGCCUUAUGAAGUGUUUGAAGAAAGCUACCUGCAAAAGGAUGCGUUUGCUGAAUGUGACUUACGAAUGUUUGACCUCCUUGAACAGAGUCUCCUCAGUAAUACUUGGGGAAUCGCCAGCCUGCCACGUCACCUUAGCCUUACACAAGUCAAUCGGUCGAGUCCACUGGCUCCUCUGCCGAGUCCUCUGGCCUUAAAUAGGAGGAGUAGAUCCCUGGACARGGAGAGCUUGGAGUUAGAGAUGACUGACAUGUAUUUAGGGAGUGGGGCAGCACUAGCGUCUUGCCCUAGAACUGAAAGGGACUCGAAGAGAGUGUCCUCGCUUCACCGCAAAAAUGAUGGACACAUUUCCACUUCAGAAAACAGGGAUAAUAGGCAGAGCAUGUUUCCGUCAUGGCAGCCAGAGACUGAGGGGACUGUAACGCACCCACGAGCAGAUGGGAAAAGAACAGAGCAGACGUACAGUCUCUAUCAAACUCAAAACAGACACAUGGUAUCAUUCAGUCAGCCUGUCAGUCGAGUCCCAAACUGUAAAUCUCAACCGAUCUCAGCUAGCAAAAUGACUGACAGAGUAUCCUGUAAUUAUAUCUCUCAGAUUACAGGACCAUUACAUAGGCCAUCUCAUCUUCCUUUGCAAUCAGAAUCCUGUCGGCCCCAUGCCCCCUAUGGGAGAUCAGUUAAGGCAUCAGAUGGUGGUGGUGAGGCCCUUUUUUACACAUCGACCGUUAGCUCUCAUCCUUACAAUCAACACAAUAAGAUGCCUCAACCUUGGUUGUGAGUCUGGCAGUUCUGUAAGCAGGGCUCUAAACUAAUUUUUAAAAUGCAGGAGCACCACAUAAAAUGUAGGAACAGCAGAAAUUUGAUUUUUAAAAUUGUUUAAGAUACAGUAUAGCCUAGCUACUUCUAAAGCACAUGUUGUGCCCUAGAAACAAAUAUGAAACACUGUAAACACUUUUUUUUAUUAUAAGAAGCAAAAAUGUUGAUUUAAAUACCUCAUUUAAAAUUAAGUCAUUUGUGGAAUAUUAGGUCUCUACAUCAUGUAAAUUCACUUUUAACAUUUAACGUUGUACACCGUCUCUUUAAGAGCAUCAAGUUUGUUAUGACAUGCAAGACGUCAUUCGUUCAUUGUUAUGAUCAUGGAUCUCCUGAAGAAGCUAUCCCUUUUCCUUUCUUUCUGUGCCCCCAAAUGUUUGGAUAUACUGUUAUCAGGUUGUUAGCUAGCUAGCUAAUAAGGUAUCAAACAUGACUGAACAAGGUGUAAAACAAAUGCGGUCCGCAAGUAGUUUUAGAACGUCCCGCGACAUGGUUUAUGGCCUCCCAAUCUGUGACAAAAAAAACAACAAACGUUGCACUGAUAAUAUUGGUCAGCUCUUUUGAACUGUUUGGGCUAGAAACAAGCAGUUUUUGCUGUAUUAAUGGUGCAAGCAUGACUCUUAAUGAAUCUGGACUCGGGGAAACGAUAAGCCUUAUUACAAAAAUUAUAUUUAUUUUGUUGCACUGGUGCUCCCAAAUUAAAACUCCAGGUUGAGGUCGCACAGCAAAAUAUUUAGUUGCAAAUGUGCACUUCAAAGCCCUGCCUGUAAGGCCAGUGGACUAUGAGCAGCAGGCAGACUUCACCAUUAAAGCAAGAAAAACUGGAUAUGGUACACCCUGUUGAAUGUAACAAACACACAGUGCCUUCGGAAAGUAUUCAGACCCCUUGACUUUUUCCACAUUUUAUUACGUUACAGCCUUAUUCUAAA